AUGGAUUCAAAAAUGUCACGGAUGUUAAAUCUCCAAUUUAUCUUCAUAUCUUCUAUCAUCAUGAUUCACUAUUUUCCCAUAGCAAUCUCCACAAAAUGGUGUGUAGCAAAUACGGCGUCAACGAAUGUGCAACUACAAGCAAAUAUCAAUUUUGGAUGCAGUCAAGGUGUUGAUUGUAGUCAAAUUCGAUCAGGUGGAUCAUGCUUUAGCCCUAAUACUCUCAUAAACCAUGCAUCAUAUGUGAUGAACGCUUAUUACCAAAGCCAUGGCCGCACUACAGAAGCAUGCAAUUUCAUUUUCGGCAACACCGGCAUGUUCACUACUAUAAAUCCUAGUUAUGGUGGUUGUGUCUUUAGGUCCUAG